AUGCAAAUUGGAACGCUUGCGAGCUAUUUGAAUCACUAUAAUAAUAUGCCACGGCCAUGUAUUGCUGUAUUUUUGCUUCUUGCAUUCGCUUAUUCUUUGGCUAUCAAACAUACUGACCGAAAGCUUUUGACGUGCAUGAAAUGUCUAGGAAACGAUACCGCAUGUCGCAACACAUGUACAGGAUAUUAUUGUUAUAAAUUUGAAAUGAAAGGCCAAGCACAGCACCCAAUCAAGAGAGGUUGUUUAAACGACACGGACGCAUUGUCUAGAGUUAACGAAUGUACACUUCGCGAAAAUUCCAUAGGAGGUCUUGUAGUAGUAGAGAAUGUCUGCAUUUGCACGAGUGACAUGUGUAACUCAUCGACAAAAGGAUUCUACUCUUCACUGAUGUACAUGUUCCUUGCUAUUCUCCUUCCGACUUACGCCUAAAUUCUUACGAACUUUUUCGAAAAACUGGUCAGAUUUUUUUAUAUUGCUGUGAUUGUUCACAUCUGUCUCUACUGCUUCGACAUAUCAUUGAAAAGCUUCAUUUUGAUGCAUAUAUAAACACAAUCAAAUUUGACAUAUCUGAGAUUCUUCGAUUGAGUGUUGUGAAAAUAAUUAUGAUAAGGAUCUCUUGUUUGUACAUCACUUACGUUUAUUGUGUCACUUGCAAACCUCUAAUUUUGACGCUAAUAAUUUGUCAACGGGUGAUAUUGCGGCUUUUUUUUUACGA